ACAGAAAGUUUAGAUUUUUUUUAAUGAUACAUUAAACACUAGCUCUCCCUCUAUGGUUUGACAUGGCCACACUCAGGCCUCACUGAGGUAUUAUGGCCUAUUAUUAGCCUCUCGCACAGACUUCUCAGCUGAGGCUGUUCUGGGAGAAAAAAAUGUUCAUUACAUAACAAUAAAGGAUCUGUCUCCUAGACUCACUUCCUGAAUACCAGAGCAGUAACCGGGCCUCAAACUAAGGGAGAACGGAAGCCCCAUCCAUUUGUUUGUUGGAGCUCGGCUUGUUGUUUUCUGCUUAUCCCUUUUCCUUUUUUUUUUCUGCUCCACACAUUCGCUUCACCACCCCUCCUUUUCAGAAACUCUUUGUAGGUCAGUGAUGCAGCCGGAGUGACGCAGCACUGGCAGCUGUCUCCACAAGGCAACUUUGCACAGCAGGAGCAGGGAAAUCUCUGCCCGAAGCAAAGUCCACACCACCAGCAGCUAUGACAGAAGAUGGGAAAGGCCUAAGAUGGGCCAAGGCAGCAACGGAGGCCGGGUAGUCGCUCUACCCUCCUGCGCCUAAACAAACAGCAGAGAGACUUCCACUGCGCCAGAGACCGGCCCAAAGCAAGACCUUCCACACAGAAACGUUUUUUAAUAGGCGACUACAGGCCUACUCAGCUUGGUGCGGCGGUGUUUGCCUUCCAGCCGAUGAGUUCCCACAGGCCACAGCUGGGAUCACUGAGCCACAGAAGCAUAAAGGCCUGUUUAUUUUUUCUGUUGUUUUAACCACUUCCUGGCUGUGAUGUUAGGUAUAGAUGGUGAGAUUCCUCUUACAUAAUGCAUAACUUAAUCUAACAUAUAGCGCAUAUAAGGAUUUAAAGUAUAAACUGAUUUUUUUCCUACCGAGCUGCCAUUUUGUUUCCAGUUUAGAUGUCGUUAUUGAAUGUGAACAGAGUGAUUCUUCCUAAAGCCAUCAACAGCAAACAGAAAUGUUCGCUAAAAGACAAAUAUCAUGGCACAAUGGCUGAAAUAUUUUGCAGUUUGAUGUAAUUUACUUAACUUAUGGAGGAAAGUGGUGGCAAUGAUGGUGACAUGGGUCCGAAUUUGUCUUGUAAUCAGUGGGUCACUGGUUCAAAUCCCUGUCCUACCAGAAUGUGUCAUUGUGUUCUUGGGCAGACAGAAGGGCCAAUGUCGCGAUAUAGCAGCCUUGCCUCUGUCAGACGAGAGUGCAAGAAUAGGAAUGACUGAUUUCAUUUAAAAGUGUCUUUGAGUAUCCUAAUGAAGCACUACAUAAGUCUGAUAUCACAAAAUGGCACACAUCAGGAAACAUUACAAAUGGCAAACCAACACAAAGUAGAACAUGAUUGUGAAGGGGAAGUAAAUCACAUCUGUGUUAGAAAUGUGCUAUUCCUAUGUGUUUUUAAACAUGUGCUGCUUUUAUCAAUGAUUUAUCUCUUGUCAGCCCUUAGUGGAAACAGUACAAACUAACCUGUUUGACUUACAGGUCAAACAGGUUAGUUUGACCUGUAAGUGAACAGAGUUAUCUUAUCCUGACCAAAGAGAAGUUCUUAUCUUUUUGCUCUCACAAAGCAACUUUGGGGAAAAUGACAUUUGACUUAUUAGACAAAAGGAAACACAAAUGUCAAAGAGCACUUUGUGUUUUUGAAUAUAGAGCAAAUAUAGAGUAAAUGUUACAGUGAUUUUUUUCCCCCAGAAGAUUUCUUUAGAUCUCUCAGCCAUAGAAUCAUUAACACCUUUUUAUAUUUUAGUUUAUUUAGAUUUUGUGCAGAUAUUUUAGUUUUUCUGUUCUAAUUUUUGCUGUCGGGUAUAAACAUCAAUAUCUAGCAGUACGUUUUGAUUGUUACCCAGAUAUUAUUAUAUGUCAUCAUACACAUUUAUCUCAUUUGGGUUGUGAGGGGUGCUGGUGUGUAUCUUCAGCUGUCAACAGGCAAGAGACCAAGUACACCUGAACAGGUCAUCAGUCCCAUUUAUAAUGUUUCAAAUGCAACUCUAAACAGGUGGGGUUUUAGUCUAGAUUUAAAAGCACUCAGUGUUUCAGCUGUUUUGCAGUUUUCUGGAAGUUUAUUCCACAUUUGUGGUACAUAGAAGCUGAAUGCUGCUCUGAGGAUGCAGAGCAGACCACAACCAGAAGAUCUGAGAGGCAACAGCAGAUCUUUAAAUUAUUGUGGUGCUAAACUGAUUAGUGAUUUAUAAACUAACAACAGUAUUUUAAAGUCUACUGUGAGCUAUAGGGAGCCAGUGUAGGGACUUUAAUACUGAGGUGAUGUACUCUAUUGUGCUGGUUUAAGUAAGAACUCAAGCAGCAGGGUUCUGGAUCAGCUGCAGGUGUCUGCUUUUCUUUUUUUCUUUUUUUUAACAGACCUGUAAAGACACCGUUGCAUUAAUUAGUGCGACUAAAGAUAAACGCAUGAAUGAGUUUCUCUAGAACUUGCUUGGAGUCGGACAUUAGUCUUCUAAUCCUGGCAAUGUUCAUCAGGUGAUAGAAGGCCACUUUGUAACUGUCCUUAUGUGGCUCUGAUGCUUCAGGUCAGAGUCUAGACUGUUCCUCUCUAGGUCCAAAGACAAUAACUUAAGUUUUUGUUUCUGUCCAGCUGGAGAAAGUUUUGGCACAACCACAUGUUUAUCUGUUCUAAGCAUCUGUUCAGUGCUUGGAUGGGUUCAGAGUCACCCACUGACAUCGUAAUGUCGAGCUGUGUAUCACCUGCCUGGCUAUGGUCGCUAAUCUUAUUUCCUGUUAUAACCUGUACUUGUGGGAGAAUAUAGAUGUUGAAUAAGUACCAGGAUUGAACCUUGCUUUGAUGAGAAGUGAUCUAUUGAAACAAAGAAAUGGCUCUGCAGAGAGUGGUUAAAGCUUCACGGAGGACUGUGGGGAGCAGUCGUCCUUCCACCUGGGCCCUCUAUACAUCAUGAUGAAGGAGGAGGGUGGUCCGUAUCAUGAAGGACUCCACCCAUCCUGCACACAGACAGUUCUAGCCACUCACCUCAGGCAAGCAGCUGAGGAGCAUUCAGUGCAAGACCUCCAGGCUCAAAAACAGUUUCUACCAUGCAGCUGUCAGGCCGCUGAACUAUAGCCACUCUUGAUACUCACGUUUUAACUUUAUAAAAAUAUAUAUUUACAUAUUAUUACUUAUACUUUAUAUAUUUACUAAAUCUAUUUUUAUACUUAUCUAUUACUUAUAUUAAUUUUUCAGGCUUCUUAAACUGAGACCUAAGUCUUAAUUUCAUUCUACAGACAAAAUAUGAGCGCUGGUAUGACAAUAAAAUCCUUGAAUCCUUGAAAUUUAUUAAAUUUAUGGUGUUUAUCAUAUUACACUGUGACAAUAUAUUGUUUAUGCUAGUCUCCAGAUUUACAAACCUGAUGGAGACAUAUCCCACAAAGACCAGAAGCUGUGACAGCAGCGACAGGAGCUCUACAAAAUACUGUCUGAUCUGAACACAAACACAAGCUACACAUUUCAGAUUUCAGACAUUUUAAAAACUACAAAUCAGUUUCCUUUCACUUCAAAACAAGUCUCUUACUUAUGUCUAUUUGGCUCUGAAAAAAAAAUCAAUAAAAUACUCUUAAGUUUAUAUAUAUUUGUUGUAGUUAACAAAUGUCUUUAAAGGAUCCGUACUACUUUCUUAAUUAGGUCUCCAAACCUAGAAGAGGCUGACUUUGGAAGAAAGAGUUUUGCAUAUAUAUUUGUACCAGCAUCAAAAAUAGUUUGUAGCUUUGCAUUCACAUUUGCUACAAUACAAAUAAUAAAAAUAGAAAAACAACUGAUCAAUAGUUUAUCAUAUUUCCACAAAAACACACACACAUGAAGUGAGAUGUGUCUUCUUUGCGCUUAGAUGCAACAAGUAAGCUUAUUCUUACAGAUACUGCACCUGCUCUUUCACAUCAGCAGCCAUGUAACAUCACUGGUCUGUUUAAAUGGAAGUGCUAGUCAGGAUGGGAGGGCCUAAGCAGUUGCUUCUGUCUUUAGAGGCUAGUGGAGAGGCUACCGAGCCACGUCGUGUGUUUGGCUUCCUCCCCUCCCCCCUCGUCUGCAGUGCUGACGCAUCUGCUGCUUUCGCAUCAAUCAGCAGCCUUUAUAUAGGUAUACCCCAAGUCGCUGCAGAGAGCACGGUUUGUUUUUAUCUCAGCCAGAAAAAGCAUCGCUAAACAUCUGGACUGUGAUUGCUGCUUUGCACGACAGGACGGCAGUGUGUGUCAUCUCCUCCUUGCUUCAGCUUUGUCUAUUCUAACCACAGUCAAGGCAUGGGCGAAAGGCAGUGGUGUGAUAUGCUGCUGUACAGACAGAGAUUGUGUGCACCAGCAGAUGGUGUGCUGUUGUGCAUUUAAGGUGCAUAUUAGAGGGCUCAUGAUGAUUUAUAUUUCAUGCAAGGCAUUGUCCUGUAAAAGCCUGCAUCAGGCUCCACUUGGAUCUAGUUUGUGGUGCUGGGGAGAUUUAAUACGGCAUCCGUUAUUCAGCUCAGGACCACUCGCUAUGAGCACUCACAAUGAUGCAGCUGAGCGAGCUUUCUGGCUGUGGGAUGAAGAACUGAGCUGAUGUGUGAUGUAGAGACCUGCAUUUCUCCGCUCUCCCUACAGCUCUCUGCAAUGCUUAAUAAAAGUUGCCGCUUCCUGCUUAGUGGCUCCAGAACGAAAGCGUCAGUAGCCCAGCUAUUACAUGGGACAGACUUGUGCUCCGAUUUAGCUAUGUUCUGCAAAGGAAGAAAAAAAUUGUGUUAUUCCAUUCGCUGUAGUGCUGUAGGACAUUGGAGGGUAGGGCAGCUCUAGCCCAGGACCCGGGCUGCAUGGAUAGAAGCGAUAGAUGCUGGAGCUGAAGUCAUCUGCACACUGAUGAGAGGGAGGGAGAGGAAGAAAGACGUCAGAAAAAGCUCGGCUUCAGACACCACCACUGUUCAGCGACCAUCAUAGGGGAAAAAGUACUUUCGCCUAUAUCUUAUGAAACUGUUUUUUGUGUAUCACUGUGUGUAUGCCAGGCCGUAGAGAAAGGGAUACUGCACAGCAUUGUUUCCUGUUCGUUGUGCAUCAUUUUCUCUGAUUCACUAAGGUACGUUUUGCAUGCUUACCCUCAAAAUCUAACCUGCUUGCGUUUGUAUGUGUGCGGAAGUAUGCCUUGCAAAGCUGAAGAGGGGUUUUUUGCCUUGACAGUUUGUUUGUCAUUUUAUAAUACUUUCUGUAUCUUGCUCUGUCAUUUCUCGGUUUGUGGUUUGACCUCAGGGGAUUUCUAUUUUUCUGAAAAAAAUAUAAAAGCAAAUCAUGUCUUUGAAGGUAAACGAAGUCGGGGUGUGGCAAAUUAAAAAAAAGCAGUGAUAGCAAGUUAAGAAAUUCCGCUCAGCAUGUGGCUGCAACAAACCAUAACAACUGAUGCAAACUGUAAAAAAUGAAUGUGGUGGAUUGAAGAAGCCUCCUGGAGGGAGAGGGCGAUGCUGAUCCACAAAUAGCGCUAAAAAGAUGAACAAUUCUAUAUGUUCGGCACAUACUUCUCCAUCAGAUAACGCUGAAAUAUCUGAAAGUCCAUUUUGUGCUGCAGACACAAAGACUCUCAGACCUCGGCAAGCAAAAGACAAAGUAUAGUCAGCUGGAGACAAAGGCAAACCUCCAUCGCUUUGUGCAUUUCUGCUUGCAGCAGGGUUCCCAAAGAGGGCACAGUGUUUUUUUUGUUGUUGUUUUUUUAACAAGAAGUAAACUGAAACCUUUGACAGCAGUUACAGUCGAUUGCCAUCCGGCUGAAUUCCAAUAAGUGCUGCGCCAUAGCAUGUUGCCAUGACAACGGAGGCCCGUCUGCGAUAGAAGGCAGGAGAUGAGUGCAGUGAGCCUAUGCAUCCAAACCUGAUGGACAGCACACACCCUUCUACUGUGCUGAGCAAGCUCAAUGAGCAGCGGUCACAAGGCCUCUUCUGUGACGUUACCAUCGUGGUAGAGGAUGUGAAGUUUCGGGCCCACAAAAACAUCUUGGCUGCAUGCAGCGGAUACUUCAGAAGCACUCUGGCAACCACAGAUACAUGCAGCUCCAGCCAAGUCCUAGAGCUGAUGGACCUAAAGUCGGAAGUGUUUGCCUGCAUCCUCAACUUCAUAUACUCUUCAAAGUUGACAUCACUUGGUGAAGAGAACAGAGGGGGACUUGCAGCAGCUGGAAGAAGACUUGGAAUUUCUUUUUUGGAAAAGCUUGCAGAUGAAGAGCAGCAGGAUGAACGUGUUAGUCCUAGAGACUCGUGUGCAAACACAAAAUCUUCAACAACAAAGAAGGAGGCUUCCAGGCGUGAGGACACAGACAGUGCAAGAGGGCCGCGCAUUACCAAUGCCUUCUCUAUCACUGAAAUGUGUCCUGGUAACAAUCCCUUCACUCCUUUGGUUCAAACAGACAAGCAGAGGCAAUCGCCAGACGUGGGACACCUACCCUCAAAUUUCCCUUCAAUAUCCAGCAUCAAUGGGAACAAUGAGACAACCCACACCCUGUCUGAGCACUCAUAUGCAGUAAACAAUUCCACUGAAGACAAAGACACCAGUCAGUGGGACGACAGGAACGUCUGUAAACCAGCAAUAUUACACUCAAAACCACUCAUGUAUAGGAAUACGGGCCCACUAAAAAAGCGCCACAGGCUGAGAGGCAUUUUGGGCAAAAGUAUGCUUCCAGCACCAGCAGAUAACACAGUUACACCAGUGUUAUCUGACGGUGAUGCUGCUGCUCCUGUUGCCGUUAUGACACCGCCUGCACUUUUUUCAGAAGCGGAGACAGAGAAGAUAACAGAGACAGAGCUCUGUGGAGCCACUGACAGUGCUAACACAGAGCUAGGUCCACCACCUCUUUCCCCUCACCCAGAGGACAGCAUCUCAGUCUACAGCUGCGAACACUGUCCAGAGAUAUUCUCAAAUAAAGCUCUUCUCACCAUUCACUCUGAGGUACACAAAAAGCAUUUUGAUACUCGUUUGUUUUGUAAAUUUUGUCACAGAAAAUUCAUACACCUCAAACGACUGCACAACCAUGAGAGAUUAUGUCCAAAGACUGGAAGAGGCCCACCUAAGCUUGAUGCCAGGGAAAUAUCAGCCAAAGAGGUGGAGCAACAUUCAGAUGACAGGUUAAACAUGGAGAGCUCUGCAACACAGCCUCCCUCUGCAGAUCUUCCCAGCCCGAACAUGCCAGAGCUCACUGAAGUUAACCUAACAGAGCGCCUACAUGAAGAGAAGACAGUAAGGCAGAGGCGAUACAACUGCAGUGUGUGCAAACGAGUUUAUGUCACCUUGUCGAGCCUGAGGCGGCAUGAGAACGUGCACUCGUGGCAGAGGGCUUACCCCUGUCAUUAUUGCAAUAAAGUAUUUGCCUUAGCAGAGUACCGCACCAAGCAUGAAAUCUGGCACACAGGUGAACGCCGCUAUCAGUGUAUUUUCUGUCUGGAGACAUUUAUGACAUAUUAUAUCUUGAAAAACCAUCAAAAGUCCUUCCAUGGCAUUGAUCCCAACCUCGCUGUCAGAAAAAAAUCUGCCAAUGGUGGGCUGAAAGCCAGCGUUUAUCCAAUCAAGCUCUACAGACUUUUGCCCAUGAAGUUUAGAAAAAGGCAAUACAAGACAUACAGCCAGACAUACUCAGAAAGUGGUGAAAAAGGUGACUCAUCCUCUUUAGACAACAGUUCACUUAUUCCUCCAUUUGAAGAAAACAGUCUCCUUACUCACCCUGACACAACUUCAUUCCCGCUAACCUUCAUGGCCACAACAAAGAUGGUCUCCCCUGUCAUGCCUCGCAUCUGCUUUGACAAGCCUUGCAAUCAAGUUAUCGAUCAAAAUCUCAAUAGUGAACAGGGGAAGCAGAUAAGCACAGAGAACGAAGCUGGAGACAGAGGUUCGCCUUUUAGUAACUGUGACAGCAUCUUCUCGUCCAAGCUGACUCUACCCAAUCCUGAGCCUCAAACAGAUAAACCGCCUGUGCUGAUGAACUCAGAGCACAUUACUCACACUGUGCCAUUCUUCAACUCCUUAAGUACUGUUAAAAAGUUAGGAGAGUUAUCAGCUUCAGCAAAAAGGGUUGAAGAGAUGACCAAGGAGAUACUUCAAUCCAGCACAAAGGAUUUGAUGCGAGACAAAGUAAUGGGGACAAAAACAGAGACUUACAUCGCCAAACCUGCUUGCCAGGGCCCAUCUCUGGACAGUGACACCAAGCCGCUAUGUCAGAUAACAGUGAAAAUAGGUAAUGAAGCAAUCAUCCGCCGCAAAAUUAAAGGAUCUAAGCUUUUCCCCAGGAAGAAGAGGAAAACUAGAGAACGAAAUGAGGAACAAGCCCCAAGUCAAUGCAGUCCACUGAGGGAAAACACAGAGAGUCCAAGGCUUCGACUCAGACCGGAAGCCGUUGCUUCCACUGAGACAUGUGAUGAUACCAAUGACUGCGAUACAGCUGAUCAGCUUUGGCGUCCCUACUAUUCUUACAAGGCUAAAAAGAAGAGAAAGAAGUUCAGAUACAAACACAGAAAUGCUUUGUUUCAUCCCUGUCCUGAACUUUCCAUAGACAGAACAGGUGUCACUGAAUCCCACUUUGACAGAACACAUUUUCCAACAGAGGAGAGCAGCUCAGGAGCUAGCAUUGGGCCGAAACAUAGUCUUAGCAGAAACUACAGUCCUAGGCCUACCUACAACUGUGACAUCUGUGACAGCUCUUUUAUCACAGAGACUGGACUGAAAGCUCAUGUAAUCGGUUCCCAUCCUUACUUCUGUCGGACCUGCGGAAAACAAGGUCCCCCCGGUGAGGCACCGUCUUGUGGGGACUACAUCUGCAACAGCUGCAUGGAAAAUGGCUCUUGCUUUGACAACACACCCCGAAGCCCCAACCAAGAGAAGAAAUAUCGCUGUUCAUUCUGUCCCCAGCGUUUUGUGUAUCUUGCCACAAAGAGAAGCCAUGAGAAAAAACACCAGGAGACAAAUGAUGAGAGUCCCACAUAUGACACAUUCACAUCAUGUUCUACAUACUCAGCACAACCAAGGGAAUGCAGCAAACAAGACACCACCAAAAGAGAGGACAGUGGCAAUCAAGAGGAUGUUCACAUUAAAGGUGAAAACAUAGAUGAAGCAGAUUUUACAACAAUUGAAAGUAAGCCAAAAAUCAAGGACGUGUCAGAUUUAAGUACGAAAAAUUCACCAUCACCAUAUGUGGAAUGUCUGCCUACACUGACACCCUCAAAAAUGAAACAAAAAGUUGUGAAAAAGAGGAUCAAAGUUCAUCAUCCUAUGCGUCAUACUGCAAAAAAGCAAGCAUAUGACAGGGACAGUGAUCCCAACAAGAAAUCGACAGGACCAAGAAUGAACAAUCUCGCUAAUUAUGAUAAAUCAAGCAAACCAAUUCAGAAGACUGAUUCUGAAUCUAAUGGCGCAUACAUUUCUAUACACAAGCCGGAAAAAUGGGUGUGCAAAGAGGAACCAUUCUUUUAAAGACCUUCAAGGAAUGCAACUAACACAAAUGUCAAUUAAGAUGUUGUUGACUUCUGAAAUCUGCAAUGUUUUGCAUCAGAAUAGUUUUGACGGAUUAAGACAAACUAUGAUAAUCUUGCAUUAGCAGACUGACAUUUCUUCCACUUUAAAUCCAAUAACUCAGUGAUUAUUUUUUCACUGUUUUUCACCGCUAUCAAGGAUAUUUUUGUCCUGUGUCUAUGCAUGUAAAUCAGAGUCAGUGACUCAUUGUAAUGUUUUUUUAAAAUGCAGUGCAAUAACAGCUCAGCUUCUGCAUUGUGUGGGGUGGCAGAAUUGUUACCUAUUGUGGUUUCAGCUUCACCUUUUUUAAAGCGUGUCUGAGCAAAACAAUAGGGAUUUUCUGUUUUCACCUUUCUGGACCUCUUGCUUAAAUAACUGGAAUUGGUGAGUUGCACUUUAUGGUUAGACUAUGCUGACUUGUUUAAUACUUUGAUAAUUGCCAUUUUUAUUCCAAGCUUUGUGGAUGUAAUUUGAAUUUCUACUAAAUACACAGGACCACUGAGAUUAAGAUUACUCUUUUUUUCUGUGUUUAGUAUGUAUAAAACAUGUAAAACUAUUUAAAUAAAUAUUGUUACUAUGAA